AUGCCAACCUGGAGAACCUUAAGUAUCAAAAMGAAGUUUGCUCUAAUCCAUUUUGAAAUAGACGRCACUUUUGCGGUUGUCGAAACGAAGAAGCUACGAUCCGAUGCUGAACUCAAAGUUGGGUCCGAAGCAGAAAUUAAGUGCGGUGCUGCCACCUAUAAGGCAAAGAUACUUGACUUAAAUGAUUUGAAAGACGUCCUUGAACAAACGCUUGCCACCAAUGCUGCAACAAUUGAAACAUCGCCACAGAUAUCCCCUCAGCCUACACCGCAACCAUCACCGCAACCUUCACCUGAUCAGCUAUCUACACAUUCGACACCACAGCCAUCUCCCCAGCCACGCCGAAAAAGAAAAAGGCAAUCAAAAUCUAAAAAAUCGCCAGCUAAAAGCAAAAAAAAAGCUACACUUCUUUGCUCUGGAGAUGGUCCCGACGAGCCUGCAGAAACUUCAACACCAUUACCAACAGCACCACCUGCACCACUACYAACAGCACCACCUGAACCAGUCUCGCCGCUUCCAGAACCCGCACCAGUACCAGCACCACCAGAACCACUCUCGCCGCUUCCAGAUGUACCGACAACGCCCUACCUUAACUUUCUAGCUGCUAAUUCUACACUGCCAUUACUGUCACCAUUUACUUCCCAACCAACGCCUCAUCGUCAUAGAAGUCCGAGUAUUGUACGCCGUGUCCAUCGCCAGCUAUUCGAAACAAYGACUACGACAACUGAUAACAACGAAACCACUGUACGUAUACUAACUGACAUACUAAAACGACUUGACAGAAUUGAGACUUUGCUUGCCACAGACAGAUGCACUGCCACACCUAUUCCAUCGACCGUACCACCACCAUCAUUGACAGCAACACAUUCACAGUUAUCAUUGACCGACACAACGACCACAGACAUGUUAGAACUGGACAAUCUUGAACUGUACGAACGACUGCGAUCAAAAUCAUCAUCAUCAGGACAUUUUGCGACACUUUUAGUUAAGGAAUUUUUUACUGAGGAAGAAAGGGUUAAUAGAAAUUGUUUGGGGAAAAGGGGAAAGGAGGGACUAGAUCCAGUAAGAUUAGAUAAGAUUAGGAAAAUUAUUUUUACUUUUUACGCUAAUGAAAGCAGGGGAAAUCGGGAGUUAUUUUGGAAAAACUGUGUAAUUAGGAUAGACGAAUUUCUUAGGAGAAAACGGUGUAAUAAGGAGUAAUUCAUUUUUGUUUAGUGAGGGCGGUUUUUCUAUUYGAUGAAUUGAAAGGAUUCUGGUGUA